CAAGCACCGCACCCCAACCGGGCAGCACCCAUGUCGCGCAAGACGACGCUCACCUCCCGACCACCCGCCGGCCGCCGCCGCGACGCCCACGGUUUUUUAAGGGACGGCCCGCCGCACAGACACCCCUGGUCCCAUUAUGGUACCGAGCUCGCCGUCGUCGAGGCCUACACGGCGUCGGAGCGGAAAGUUCGACUGGCGCACGCGGCGUUGAAUGCAGCGGGCCCGCACGUGCGGCCGCAGCAUCCUCCCAGAAAGGGUUCGAGGGAGUGGCUCCAGACCUACAUCAAGAUUCCAGAAGACGCCGACGUGCGCGACGUCCAAUCGCACCUGCGGACGGCGUCUUUACAUGUCAAAAGUGAACCUGUACCCGAGCCUCCGCCCGUGGUUAAGGAACCGACGUGGCCCUUUGCGGCGCCGCCGGCCGGCGUCGGGCUCUGUCUCCUCUACUGCUCCGUGGACGACGUCUGCGCGGUCUGCGCGUCUGGCAAAGGCUGGUCAAGUGCUCUAGAGACCUACGGUCUCAAAAGAGUCGGCUUCUGGGCGCCUUUACCAUUCGAGACGGCGCCGUCGUACUGCCGUUCCAUGGAACGAUUACGGGCGACGCGGACCGUGAACAGCGUGUGGGACUGCGUUGGUCGCGGGAGCGCGUCGCACCUAUCCGUGGUCAUCAAUAAAGGAAGGAUCAUCACCUGCGGAAAAAACGAUGGCGGACAACGAGGAGAUGCAAAAAUAGGCCAGGGCCCGGGCGGCUGGCCCACGACACAAUGUGUGAACCAUCUGGAGCCGUCCAUUAUUGUUGCCGUGGCGGUUGGUGGGGAGCACACGGCUUUUCUGGAUUCCGACGGGUGUGUCCUGGAGUGCGGCCGCGCGGGCGGCCGCGAGGGGAGUAAAGAUGCGCAAGGCGACCGGCGGCCCUGCCGCUUCCGGCCCGAGCGCGUUUUGUUACAAAGACGCGUUCUACAAGUUUCCGCGGGCGACGACUUCACUAUUGUCAUCACCACAAAAGGCGAGCUCUGGAGCUGGGGCCGCGGCGACUUCGGCGAGCUCGGUGCUGAUGUGAGGGUGCGCCGGGACCCGGGCCCCUGUCGUACUGAUGAACGGUUCGCACAAGUGAGCGCCGGGUCCCAUCAUUGCCUCGCCUCCACGAACAAUGGGAGGCUCUACGCCUGGGGCUUUGGCGAGGACGGCGCGACGGGUUUGGAUGCGACGGCCUGGCGGCCGCGGCGCGUCGAGCUCGUGCAGGGUGUUUGUACUGAUAUCUCCGCGGGCGGCGCGCACUCUCUGGUGCUAGUGAGGGGCGCGGUCCACGCCCUGGGCACGACAUUGAAUGGAAGGGCCGGCGUGCCCUGCGGCAACCCGCCGGUCGAGCGCGCCGUCUUUGAUUGCGUCCGCGGGCUGCCGAACGAUAUCAUAAGGGUCGCCGCGGGCGGCGAGCACUCGCUGUGUUUGACGGCCUCCGGCGAGGUCUACGCCUGGGGCCGCGGCGGCCGCGCGGGGCAGCGCUCGCCGCGCGACGUUUUUGCCUGUGUGUUGAAUCGUCACGUCGACCUCCAUGCCAUCGACGCGACGCCUGCUCGAUGGCGUGGCGGUGAUGGUCCAUCACUGCUCGACACUGGUUGAUUCCACACAGGUCUGGGCGCCGACGCUCGUGCAAUUGGAUCAAAAGGCCGUGGCGGUCGCCGCGCACGCGGCCCAUUCGGUGAUAGCGAUGGAGGACGGGACCUUCCGGACGUUCGGGAACGGCGACCACGGGCGGCUGGGGUGCCUCGACCGGUUCCAACGAUCAGAUCCGCGCGACAAGGGAUUACCGAUAGAGAUGGCGCUGCCCGCGGAGCCCAAACGGCGCCUGAAGCCGCACGAGUACUUCGGGGAGACGGAGCGGAGGUACGCUUAGGUUUACAUUUUUUAUAUCU